GCUCGCCGGCCCCUCCGCUCGCGGAGCCCGCGGUACCAGCGCCUCGUCUCGCCUCGGGCGGCGAGAGGCAGGGCCCCCGCCAUGGAGAGUGGGAUGCCGCUGACGGGCGGGCAGCGAGCGCUGAUCCGGGAGAGCUGGCGGCGGGUAAGCGGCAGCCCCGAGCAGCACGGCCUCGUCCUCUUCGCCAGAUUGUUUGACUUGGAUCCUGACCUGUUGCCCCUUUUCCAGUACAACUGCAAGCAGUUUGCCAGCCCUCAGGAGUGCCUCUCUGCCCCUGAGUUCCUGGAUCACAUCAGGAAGGUGAUGCUGGUGAUUGAUGCUGCUGUGAGCCACCUGGAGAACUUGUCUUGCCUGGAAGAGUAUCUCUGCAACCUUGGCAGGAAGCACCAGGCAGUUGGUGUGAAGACUGAGUCUUUCUCGACUGUUGGUGAGUCCUUGCUGUACAUGCUGGAGAAAUGCCUUGGCACUGCCUUCAGCCCAGAGGUGCAGGAGGCUUGGAGCAAACUCUACAGUGCUGUGGUGAAAGCCAUGCAGCGCGGCUGGGACACCCACCCAGAAGGGGACUAGAUCUUCCCAGCCAUCCCUGUCCCUGACCAUGCAGCAGUCCUGAGCACAGGGAGCACUCACGCCACACUCUCUGCCUCUCCCUACCUGUCUCUCUCUGUGCACCAGCCCAUUGCUGUCUCCACUGGUCACAUGUGCUUUGGGGCUCUCACAGUGAUUCAACCUUGCUUCAACACAUCUCUGCCUUUGGUAAGGGCUGGCAGGGUACGUCCCUGAAGUGAAGCCUGGGUGUGCAGCAGCACAGGUAUGCCACCCUGCCCCAAGUUACUUUGGGCUAGUUGGAGCACCAACACCCAUGAACCUACUCUGUUUUUUAGCUGGCUUAUCUUCCCUCCUCUGACUACCCACCCUAGUUAGGUGACAGCUGGCAUAGGCCUCUUGGGCUUAUUUGCCUGAGAUCCUAUUUGCUGUGCCUGUACUAGCCAGGUCUGGCACUGCUCGCUCCUCCUGCGCUGCUGUGUCUGGUUCAGCUGUGGCAGUGAUGGAUUUGGCUCCCUCCAGGG